CGUCGCACGCACACAGGAAGCAAGUAAGUUGAAGAAAGUCAAAACUAGAGGAGUUAACGUUGGAGAAACGAUCUGAAAAUGGCUCUUAACAAAUCCAUGCAUCCCCGGAACCGCUACAAAGACAAGCCUCCAGACUUUGCUUACUUGGCAUCCAAGUAUCCAGAGUUCCAACAGCAUGUGCACACCAGCCUCACUGGCCACCCUGUUGUGAAUUUCAAGGAGCCAGAGGCAGUGCGAGCGCUGACCUGUACCCUACUCAAAGAGGACUUUGGUUUGACCAUUGAGAUCCCCUUGGAGCGCCUCAUCCCGACCGUCCCCCUGCGCCUCAACUACAUCCAUUGGGUGGAAGACCUUAUAGACGGCCAGCGCAAACCACGCAAGGGCAUCGACAUCGGCACUGGGGCGUCUUGUAUCUACCCCUUGCUAGGAGCCACAAUGAACGGCUGGUUCUUCCUCGCCACAGAAGUAGAUGACAUCUGCUUCGAUUAUGCCACAAAAAACGUGGAACAGAACAACCUCUCUGACCUUAUUAAAGUUGUCAAAGUUCCUCAGAAGACCUUACUGAUGGAUGCCUUGAAAGAAGAGACGGCGAUUGUGUAUGACUUUUGCAUGUGCAACCCUCCUUUUUUUGCCAACCAGCAAGAAGCUAAGGGGGUAAACUCCAGGAACUCACGGCGGCCUCCUCCCAGUUCAGUUAACACAGGCGGGGUGACAGAAAUCAUGGCUGAAGGUGGAGAACUGGAGUUCGUAAAGAGGAUCAUUCAUGACAGCCUGCAGCUCAAGAAACGCUUGCGGUGGUACAGUUGCAUGUUGGGUAAGAAAUGCAGCUUGGCACCUUUGAAGGAGGAGCUGAGAAAACAAGGGGUGCCUAAAGUGACACACACAGAGUUUUGUCAGGGUCGCACCAUGCGGUGGGCGCUGGCCUGGAGUUUCUAUGAUGAUGUGGUUGUUCCGUCUCCUCCCAGUAAGAAGCGUAAACUGGAGAAGUCUCGGAAGCCCCUGUCCUUCACACUUCCAGAGGCGGGUCUGAAAGAGCUCCAGGCUAAGGCCUCAUCUGUAGGCUGCUCAGCUCAUGACCCUGUGGACAGCGUCACUGCGCUCGUGGAGGAGACGCUCACCAACCUGCGGGUUCUGUACCAACGUGUUCCAUGCAGAAAGCAAGAACAGAGCCUCCUUUUGACAGCUGUGGAGAACACGUGGAUCCACAGACGCCAGAAACGCCGCGAACAGAAGCGCCAACUGCGAGAGCUGCCUCGAGCCCCCUCGUGUGCUGGAACCAGUUCUCAAACUGCUGUGGUCACCGCUGGUCCCAGCACACCCCUCCCCUCUCAAAGUCAGCCUCCUUCCACGCAAAGCAGCGACAGUCAGGAAGAAACGGCUCCUGAGCAGGAGGUGUCAGGUCAGCAGCAGUCUGCAGAACAGAGCCACAAUGGAGCCGCAUCAGAUGAGACAACUAAAGAUGUAAAAGCAGACACAGAAGGAGAACAAAAAGAUGUUUCAGAGAAUACAGCGGAGGUGGACAUGGAGUCUUCUACCGGUGCAGAGACACCGGCUGCUGCAGAGCCGCCCGCAAAGCGCCCGCUGAGCUCCAGCAUGGUGCAGUGCUUCCUCUUUAAAUGUGUGCUGAAUGUGAUGCAUGAUGAGAGGGAUGUUGUGGUUGAUAUGCACUGGGUGGAAGGUCAGAACAAAGAUCUGAUGAACCAGCUCUGCACCUACCUGAGGAACACACUUUUAAAGACGAUCGCAAAGUCUUAAAUGACACGACAGUCAGUUGGUUGUUUUGUUUUGUUGUCUGAGAAUAAAAAUAUAUGUUUAUUAAAGUUAAUGAUAAUAUUGUUUGGAUUAUUAGAAUAAACCCCUCUGGUGAUGAUGAUGAUGUCCACAGGUGUUAAAGUGCAGAUCCAAGGCCAAAUCUGGAAUUUGCCGUAGCUCACAUCUGAAAUGGCAAGUACUUUUUUGUUUAAAGUAUUAUCUUCCACAAAUUAGUACUGAAUUCUGAUUUGUUUGGAAGUUUUCUAUUUGACAUUUCACAUGAUUCCACUGUGCACAAAUUUUAGACAUUUGUAAAACGUUGCUGUGACUCCUAGAGGUUUAUAUCAGAAGAUUGUUGGUUAUUGUGUCAGUGUACUUUGUAGUUUGCCUUUUUAGGUAGUUGUAUACAGUAUUUUGUACUGAAGGUUGGCAAAAUAUUUUGGAAUAAAUGCUUAUUUUUUGCUAACA